AUGGCGCGGCAACCGUCCUCCGCAGCUACCAGUAAUAGUAACGCUCCCUUGGCAUCCACCGCAUUUGUCUCCCAUUUCCGCGAGGACCCACACUUUUGGAUCAGAUCAUCCAGAGGUUCGAACCCCAUGGCAUCCGUCUCCUUUGCUCAUCAGAGACCCCAGAGCGCAUAUCUCAUGCCUACCAGUCCAGCAAAGGGUCGCCGUGGGAGCACGGAUUAUCGUCCGGUCAUUCGGAAGGCUCAGGGCAAUGUUCCCGCAUGUCUUGUCAAUGCGUCAGUGACGUAUUGCAACAACGAUCAGAUCUAUGCUUUUGGAGGGUUCGAUCAAUUUACUGAUGAAGUGUACAACCAUGUCCUGAGAUUGGAUUUGAAAACGCUUCGGUGGGAACUAGUAGACAAUUAUGGCGAUAUUCCGGGUGUUCGGAUGGGCCAUACUGCUACUCUGUACCAAGGCGACAAACUCAUAGUCUUUGGGGGAGAAAAUGAACACCGUGAAUACCUUUCCGAUAUCGUUAUUCUGCAUAUCCCCACCUCCACCUGGACCCAGCCGGAGAUUCGGGGACAAAUACCGCGCGGCAGGGGGCGUCAUGCUGCUGUGAUUUACGACGAGAAACUGUUCGUGAUCGGCGGCGUCACGGGAGAGAACAAUGUGAUCCUCGACGACCUAUCAUACCUCGAUCUCAAGACGUGGACUUGGUCUCGGAGUUGGAGAUUCACAGCCCGGUUCGACCACACUGCCUGGGUUUGGGGCGAUCGCCUAUGGAUUUUUGGGGGUCUCGAUCCAGAUAUGGAACGCACAACGGAUAUCUGGUGGCUUGAUCUCAAGGGCUCUCCGUUUCUUGGAACGUCAUCCUCAAAUGGUACUAUGGAAUCUCCUGGGACAACGGGCAGGAUGACCCAGAGCCCCGAUACGAUGUAUAGUAGCCCAACACAACAGUUGCCAGGUCGGUCCGGGAGCUACGCCGCGAAUUCUGGAAGUGUGCAAGUGCGCGGUUCAGGUCGGCGAAAGCCCAUUGCCCCCGGCGCCAUCUCUUGUUUGAAAUUUCGCUCCGGGCCUCAUGUCCCUACACUGUGUUCUGGAACCCACUUUCAGGCGUAUGCAUCAGGUGUCCUUCUGGAUCUGAUCACUCCGUCUGAGACAGUAAGAACCUACGAGUGCAAUUUGUCAUCCCUAGAGCUCGACACCCUGCGAUGGCAGAAAUUAGCCGACGGACAGGAGAUUUUCAAGCCCGGUUAUCGAUGGCAUUACUGUACAGUCAACCCAAAUGGUACGCAAGCCUGGUUGCUAGGGUGUAGCCUUGAUGCUGGGGGCACACCCGGCACCAGUGACGAGAAUCACAUGAGCCAAGUGCUUUGUAUUGACCUGGAGAAAUAUGGUCUCCUCGGCAAUGAGCUGACGACCUUCUCUCCUGACCAGGGUCGGGUCAUGGGGUCAGAAGGGUCAGGACUGCCGCCUCUCUCUGGACUGGGUGCGGAUUUGUCGGCCGUGUUCGACCAGUCACCCCAAUCUGGGAGUGAUGCUGACUUCAUCAUCACUGCCAACCCGGAUGACCUGGAAUCUCUAGAAGAAGCGACAGCAGAAGAUGCCUCUCCCUCCCAAACCCAACCGGAAUUCCUGCCGCCCAAUGCCCCCACUUCGCCUCCGAUCCAUGUGCAUCGGAUCAUCCUACAGCUUCGAUGGCCACAUUUCAAGCGAUUGUAUUCUGCGCAGAUGGCGGAGUAUCACUCGAAGCGCAUGCACAUCCCAGAACCUUACUCUGUUGUGCGCGCGUUUCUCUACUAUCUGUAUACCGACAGCAUUUCGGGGCAUCCGGAGUAUUGCUCCAGCAUCAUCGACGUGGCCGGGAUGCUUGUGAUGGCGAAUUUGUACGACAUGCCGAAGCUGCGCCUUCUCUGCGUCAAUCGCCUGAGCCGGGAGCUCGAUGUGGAGAACGCGGCCAUUGUGUGGGAAAGGGCCGGGCGGACUAAUGAGGAUUGGCUGAUGCGCCGUGCAGCUCAGUUCUGCCUUAGCCACUGGGGGCGCAUUGUCCGGACCGAGGGCUUCAAAUCACUCAGCCGUCAGAGCUUAAUCGAACUGUGCGAGGUAGUUGACAUGGAGGGCCGGAUUGUGGCCGGACCCGAAUUGGAACUAGUCGGUGCACUUGGAACGGAAGGGCUUGAUCUCAGCAGGGAUGCCAAACGGUCGCGGCCGUCGAUUGGGGGCGCUAUGACGGACGACCUGGACGAUCUCGAUGGCGAUGAGGUCGACGGGAUGGAGAUUGCAUAA